AUGAAGGACCUUUACCAAAGUUUACCGGAUCAAGACUCUUCAGAAGAGCUGCCAACUGAGUUCAGAGACGAAUGGAGCUUCCGGUCAAAACUCAUCACGGCUCUUAAUGCCGUCUUUUUCGCCGCAUCAUGUGGAAUCCUACUCAUAUCAUCGACCUGGCUGAAUGACCCCGUUCGCUUGAUGAAGCGGGUUUCGCCCUACAGUACGAACUCGUUCCGCUCAACUCUCGCUUCGCUUGUACUGACUAUGAUCAUCACCGCAGGCCCUAUCCUAGACGAUGUGCCCAUCAAGCUGGAAACGGUGGAAGUAAAAGGAACGCUUUUCAACGACUACAAGCCACCACGCAUAUGGCGCGGGCCGCCAAGUGAGGAGGUUGACAAGGCCUGGGACGACAUGGCCAAGAUCGAGUACUUUGGCGUCAGUGGCGAUGCUCUCAGAAAGAUGGGCAAGGACCCCAAGAUCUCCGUGUCCAUACCGGAAGAAUGGGGCGUCGGCCCCGACAAGUAUCUCGUCGAGAUCGACAUGCAGCAUCAGCUACAUUGCCUCAACGCCGUGCGCAAGUAUGCCUAUUGGGACUACUACUAUGGCAACUCGUACAAGAACGUCUCCAUGGCCCCGAAGAGGCACCAGGCACACUUGGAGCAUUGCAUAGACAUCUUAUUGCAGGCGCUCACUUGCAACCCGUCUCUUGACUUGAUCUCGCACAACUGGAUGAAGACGCAACAAAACCCUUAUCCGGACUUCAACAUCAAGAGGCAGUGCGUCGCUCACGAUCCCAUCUUGAAGUGGCAGCACGAGAAUGGCAUCACGGAGCAAAUCAUGAAGUUCAAAAACCUACCGAGGCCGGAAAACUUUCCAGAAGUCGAGCCAGAGCCUUCCAUUUUGUUAAUAGGCGAGGACUUGGGCCACCAUGAAUGA